AUGCUCGCACGUACGCUUCUUCGAGGCACACAAGAGGGAUCCGCAACAGUUGCAUCAUCAUCAUCAUCACAUGCUGCUGCAACUGUUGCUGCCGUUACACGUGCGGCUCCGUAUACCCGCUUCAGUACACUUCGGUUGCAUGGUCAUAAGGAGCCAAACUUUCGUGCGCGGCCUGCUGGUUGGAAAGGUUGGAAUGAUCCAAAACUUCAAGACCCGUGGGCUCCUUUUGCUCAACAGUCGCCAUGCCGCCAUGUGGAACGUCAAGGGGCCGGUUGUUGGUUUGCCAUGGGACAUUUCGCUCUAAAGGAUUUCUUUGGUGUUCUUCACUGGCGUUUUUGGGCACGAAUUGCCAUUUGGGGAGGUUCAGGGAUGUCUAUCGCUUUAUGGACAUAUGCGUUACGUAUGCAUAGAAAUGGCUGGGAGUGGAAGAAUCGUGGAGCGGUGUUCGCUAUGGAGUAA